AUGUGCAUGUUACCAAUUGACAAAUGCCCAGCUUCCCACUGCUGCCAAAUGCAACAAGUUGCACUUAGCAGCAGCGGUGUAUAUGCUUCUUCCAACCAUGCCCUUACAUAUCUAUGUUUCAAAUCUCAUGAAACAAUCAAAACACUUGGAUNGGCACUUAGCAGCAGCGGUGAAUAUGCUUCUUCCAACCAUGCCCUUACAUAUCUAUGUUUCAAAUCUCAUGAAACAAUCAAAACACUUGGAUGUCAUGCUCAUAUUAUAGGGGCUAUACUCACAGCCGACAGUGGAACUAGGAUGACUAUCCCUUUCUCUCUCCUCUUCCUCCUUUCACUGCUGUUAUCCAGCACCACCACUGCCAAAAAACCCAGUGAUGCAUCGCAGGACCUCCUCCGUUCGUCGUGUGUUCAUGCAAGUUACCCUAACCUCUGCCUCAGAACCCUCUCCUCCUAUUCAGGCCCUGCGAACACCCCAAAUGAACUAGCCCAAGCUGCAGUAAAAGUGAGCCUCUCUCUAGCCCUUCGGGCGUCGAAUGACCUAGCAAAGCUUCGAAGCCAAAGCAAGAGAGAGAAAGGGGCUUUAGAUGAUUGUGUACAGCAGAUGGGUGACUCGGUGGAUGAGCUGAGCAAGACGUUGUCUGAGCUGAAGCAUCUGCACAGGGGGACAUUCCAGUGGCAAAUGAACAAUGCUGAGACAUGGGUGAGUGCGGCCUUGACGAAUGAAGAAACUUGUCUUGAUGGGUUUAAGGAGGUUGGUGGGAAGGUCAGGUCUGAUGUGAACCAUAAGAUUACAAAUAUAGCCAGAGUUACCAGCAACGCCCUGUAUCUUAUCAAUCGUCUCGAUCAGGCCCGAGGGAAGAAANGUGGCCACCAAAUCCAAAAGAAUUAG